GACACCUAAGCGGAAGUGGAAAGCCUCAAACUCAAUCAUGUGUAGUUGCUAGACAGGCACCCAGACCAGGCUCGUUUCGUGGGAGUUGUGUGAAAGUCUGUAAGGUUCGUAUGUCAUGCGUGUGUUUUUUUUUCUGUAUUCUGUGUUAAAGGGGAUUUGAAGGAAUGUGUAGCUACUUUCGGGGGAGGCUUAACCCAAUAAGCUAACAGCCUCAAAACAGUCAUGUUUUCAUAACCACGGCCGGUGACAUAAGGAUACCCGGAGUCUGGUAGUGUUACGAGUGUCGGAAACGUGGCCGCGUAGCCGGUUUAUUUGGAUUUUUAUGUCCCUGUUUCGUGGACCAGGAUCGUGGAGCGAUUUAAGCUUUAUGGAUGAUUUGUGAAAUCUACCCUGGCCGGAUAAAUACAAUGACUUAUUUCUAUAUUCUCCACAAUUUUCUUUUCUGUUGUACCUUAACACAACAGUGGAAAGAAAGUAUUGCUUCCAACCUGUGAUCGAUUAUUUAUUUAUUAAUUUCUGUAAAAAUAUUUUCACAUUAAAUUGUACGGUGGCGAACAACCGCCACUGCUGCACAUAAAAAAUAAAUAAAUUAAUAAAAAAAACCCAACAACAACCGAAGUUACUAAUGCAAAAAAAUAAAACAAAUAAAAAAUAGAAACCGAAGCCCGCUGCAAAUAAAAAAACAAAUGGUGCAGAUUAAAAAAAAAGCCACAACGGAAGUCAAUGACGCAAAAAAGUGGCAAUGCAAAACAAAAAAAAGUAACUCCCCCAUUAUUUUUUUUUUUUUUGCGUCAACAGUAACUUCAAUUGUGACCUUGUUUUUUUAUUAUUUUUUUGUCUUCGUUUUUAUUCUUUUAUUUGCAGCAGUGGCAGUUCUUGGCCAUCGUAAAAUUCAUGAAAUCAUCUGUAAUAAUAGUAUGGCAAUUAACAAUCUGAAGGAUGUCUGGCAUAAAUAUUGAUGAAUAAAGUCAGAAUCAAGCUGACUGUCUAGUCCAUCUUGGUAAACUAAUUUAGAAACUGAAACUUUGAUAAUUGUCUGAUCAUGCUCAUGUUAGGAUAUAAAAGAGCAGUGGAAUAUUAUUUUGUUAAAUGUGUAUUACAUUCAUUCAUCUGAAUAUCAGAAUGUACAAAUCAUUGAAACUUUUGUUUUUCAGCACUUGAGCUUGAAAAAUGUAUAUGAACCUGAUGAGCACAAUUCUCUCUCUCUCUCUCUCUCUCUCUCUCUCUCUCUCUCUCUGUCUAGCAAUAAUGGCCAGUGGUGAGCAGGUGGCAGCAAUAGGAAAGGUUUUGGUGGACCCAGGACUGAACCUGACACAGCGGUUCAGAGCUUUAUUUACCCUGAAGAACCUUGGAGGUAAACACAGACACAGAAAUUUAGGAAAUCAUUUUAGAAAUGAGGUCCCAAUAACAGGUAACAGAAGGACCAAAACACAAGCGUGACCAGACAGUACUCAAUAGCAGUAAAGCAGCUUUAAAGUCCAAGAAAAGUCUGAUUGCUGAUCAAAACGUUCCACAGUUUUUUUUUGUACCAUACCACGACCUUAAUUCUUAGCGGAGCAAGUUUGGUGUAUGGUUGUGCUUAGAGUUGCAGACACUUGAUCAGAGGAGAGACACAAACCUGUGGUCUGGUUUACAUGUUGUUGGUAAACUUUUUCAGUGUUUUUUUAUAAGCUGAGACAUUUAAGAACAUGUUUAUCAAGUCAAUUUCUCAAUAAUGAAUGCGCCAUGCAUAUUAUCUGCACUACCAACAUUUUACUGUUGAUAGUUCAAAUGACACAGUUAUUGUGUGUGGUCUUCAUAAUGAGCACUCUCAGUCUGUGCUGUGUGAACUGAUGCAAACUGUCUAUGACGUCAGGUGCCGAGGCUGUAGAAUGGAUCAGUAAGGCCUUCAGCGAUGAUUCUGCCCUGCUGAAGCAUGAACUUGCCUACUGCCUAGGACAGAUGCAGGACAGACAUGCCAUACCAACUCUGACUGCUGUACUUAAAGACACAUGCCAGGAGGCAAUGGUCAGACAUGAAGCAGGUAAAUGUACAUUGAAGCACACACCAAGUUUGAAGUGUGGGGAAGCAAAACAAGGGUCCAUGCCCUUUGGGUUUGUAUGAUCAGAUCCCAGGCUUCCUCUGUCUACAUGUCCAGAUGUUCUUGGGUAAGAUACUCAGCCCCAAACUGCUAGAGUGAAGGCUGAUAUGUGAAAACACCUUGAGUAGUGGGAAGAUUGGAAAGGCUAUAUAUAAAUACAUUUCAUUAACCAUUUAUUUAAAGGCUUAGUGUGUCAAUACUGGAAAUAUUUAGUGAGAUCCAGCAGUAAGACUUUAAAUGUCCCUAUUUAUCAUACAUUGUAACUUCAGUACUUAGCUGUACAAGAGCUAAGACAAACAGUGCAGUGUGUCAAAAGAAAUCUAACUGUGUCUACCUUCAGGAGAGGCUUUGGGAGCCAUUGGUGAUCCCACGGUACUGGACCUCCUCAAAGAAUACAGCCAGGAUCCUGUCAUAGAGGUACGAACGAAAAACUUGAGCAUCUCGAAUACGUCCAAGAGCUGAGAGUUGAGAGUUAUGUGACAGUUUACAUGUGGUGAUGAGUGGCUCAUGAUUCAAUUACUGCAACAGUUGGGGAACAGUUUUAAGGAGGUGCAUUGAGCAAAAAGCUCCUAUAAGCAGUUCCACAUCCAAGCUUAUUUAAUCAUAUUUCUUACUUGUUCUUAAACUUUGGCAAGUAUUCUGCAGCUAGAAAGCAGUUUGCACAACAUGUUGAAGAUACAGCAGUCCAUAACCAACUUUAGUGGCAUCUGCAAGGGUCUCGUGCCCCUAAACUUUGUAUUGACCUAAGCUCAUGUUGAAGUGAAAUUAAAAGCUGUUUGAAAGGAGGGGCAGAGCACACACACUGCUGCAAAUUCAGAAAGGAGGGUGCGUUUGAUUUAAUAGGAUGAAACAAGCACAACACGGCAGGCUGCAUAGUAAUUAAUCAGUCUGGUUUAUCAUAUUUUUAUGAUCACAGGGAGCCACAGUCACAAUUGAAAUUCGAGUCAUCCCCUCAUAUCCCUUUAAAAAAUACAUAAAAGACAAGAGACUGCUCGAGCACAAAGCUUAUUUUCCAUAGUGGUGCUGGUUUGGUUUUGUUCUUCACUGCCAUUGGUACCUCAUCCUUUUUUAAACUAACAGCUUUUAUUAAAAUUCCAUGUUUGAUAUGCAAAAACUUCAGCCUGUUGCUCUAUCACUAACAUAGCCAGAUGCACAUUCUCAUACUAUUUUUACCAUUUGCUCCUGUCACUUUUUUCAUGACCCCUGCAGGUUGCAGAGACGUGUCAGCUGGCUGUUCGUCGGAUAGAGUGGCUGCAAAGCGGAGGAGAGAAGCAGUUGGAUGAUGCAGGAGCAGAUAAAAACCCUUACUGCUCUGUUGAUCCGGCUCCCCCAGCUGUGAGGAAGAGUGUGCCAGAGCUUCGCAUCAUUCUGCUGGAUGAGAGUCUGCCACUGUUUGAGCGUUACAGGGCCAUGUUUGCCCUACGCAACCUAGGCAAUGAAGAGGCUGUGCUAGCUCUGGGAGAUGGUAAGAAAUGACACUGAAGAGUUAUUUUUACAUUUGAUUUAUACUUCAUACUUUUUGUUUUUAUGCUGAAUGUUUACUUUUUUAUUUAAACUGAAUUUUUACUGUAGCACCAUGGUCCCUUGAGUAAGUCAAUUUCAAUCCUCUGUAUGUAUUACACAUACUGCAGGAUUGACAAUAAAGCUAUCUUGAACCUUAUGUUCUACCUUUCUAUCAAUGCAGUUGUUGUGAGAAGCACAACUGAAGCUCGAGAUCUGGCAACCUGUGGUGGUCCCUUUUGAUUUUUUUUAUUUCAGGUUUUAUUUCUUUGUGAUAUGAAAUAAAAUCAAGGCCUGUAGCUUUUGCUAUGAACUUUGAACUACAUCAUAGAGAUUUCAUUGGUUUGUACACAACAUUGAUGAUAACUGCCAAUAUCAACUUGAACUCAUAGAAACCAGAUAUAACAAGAUGAUUUGAUCUAUGCUUGCUUGGUUUUUUCAAUGUAUUUAAUUUUAUGUAGCUUCAGGUUUUGUUCUUAUUUACUGUUUCUGUAACUUUUUGGAAACUACAUUGACAUAGACUGUGACGUAGGUGCUGAGAAUUACACUAACAUUUAGCAUAUAAUGACAGGUUUGCUCAUGUUAUGACCAGGUGUUUUCUGGGAAUGAUCCACAAAGCAGCAAUUAGAAUGCGCUAAUGAUCGCAUCAGUGGUAUCACAUGUGAAGCAUACCUGCAGCGAUAAAGUGCUUGAUCUGCUCAAUAAGUAAUCAAAAUUUCUUGUCAUGUCUUGGUCUCCAGGCUUGCAGUGCUCCAGUGCUUUGUUCCGUCAUGAGAUUGGCUACGUCCUAGGUCAAAUGCAGCACCCUGCGGCUGUCCCCGCCCUGCAAGCAGCUUUGGAGCGUUGCGGUGAGAACCCCAUGGUCCGCCAUGAGGCAGCAGAGGCCCUUGGCUCAAUAGGCAAAGAAGAGUGUCUGGCUGUGCUGCAGCGUUUCCGAGAGGACACAGAACGUGUGGUCAAGGAGAGCUGUGAGGUUGCCCUGGACAUGUUGGACUAUGAAAAUAGUGACCAGUUUCAGUAUGCUGAUGGACUGGUCAGAUUACAGGGUUAGAGCGCAAUUCUACCUGGAUCUGUCUUUUAUUUAACACUUUUACUCUCUGUGUUAUUUCAGUAUGACAAAACUGAGAGAGUAGGACAACCUAGUGCUACUCUUGUGAAAUGGUUGGAUUUUCUGGAAUGAUUCUUUCCAUUAUUAAAACUGCUGAGCACAUAAAACCAAAAGAUUAAACUGUCAAAGUCCACACAAACAAAACAGGUUAUUUAGCUGCCUGUGUUUUGGAGUGUUGUGUGAUGAUGUGAAUGAGAAGGAGCCCAUUGCUAGAUCAGCUGUGGGUUGGAAGUUAAUAAGCCUGACAGAAAAUUGUGACUUUUCGGUGGAAGGGCUUGUCCUUUGCAAGCGUAUUUCUUUUGCCCGAGUACUUUUUUAAAAUCAGUUUUAGGUUUUUGGCUGGGUGCUGCGUGGGAUUAUGAAUAGCAAUGACCGCAAAUAGGCUGUCAUUGAUAAACUGCUGUGGGCUGCCAGGUUACAUCAAACAUGUCUUUUAUCAUUCCCAGCUAGGUGUGCGAUGUUUGUCAAAUUAAAGCCAUCCUCUGAAAACUUCUGGUGUCUUGAUCAGAGAUUCUCAGUAAAACUUGAAUUCCCUAAAUAAAUUACUCAAAUUUUCAAAGCAGGAAUGUAAGAUACAUUUUUCUUAAUAAAUUUGUUUUUGAUGAGUAGACCAGGGUGAUUAAAGUUAUAUUUUGCUGAAUGUUUCUCUGUAUAUACUCAGUGAAAGGCAACACAUUUAAUCAAUAAAUGUUCAAUAAUGUUGUUUGAAACCCUUACA